CCCUGGCAUUGGGCAGCACGUGAAUCUUGUCAAUCAAAUGCAUAGCAACGACCGAACAACAGAUUGAUUAAUGUUUGGCACCCAAGACUUUGAACCCUGGCAGAUGAUCGCGCCUGACAGGUGCAUUGAGCAGCAGUGUGCCCGGCAAUGCUGAAGCUCUAGAAACAUCAAACUAUGACAUAUCUCAUAGAUGACGAUGCCACCAUCAAUCGUGCCUGCCAGAACUCAUUUAAACACCGACUUCCAAUGUCUAUCCUGAAAAUCACACGCUUUCUUCCACUCAUCUGAAUCAGACAGCAGGAAAUCAUAAGCAAAUGUCUACGUCAAAGCGUCCCGGCCAACUCAGCACUCGGUCCACCUCAUGGAACUACUCCAAUGCAGAGUCGUUUAACGACGAUAUCUACUCGAACAUGACAUUCUACGACACUCGUAGUCCACCACCUCACCCACAUUAUGCCACCCUGCCUAGGAACUAUAGGAGCGCGAACUCCAAUAAACGGCAAAGAGCACUCGAGAUGCCACCUCCUUAUGGUUGCACAACCAAGCUCUUGGACGAUCACACUCCAGGUGACUCUGGCUACAGUUCCGGUGCCACUUCUCCAGAGCCAGAGAACUGGCAUCCUCCGACUCGCCAAUGCACACUCCUCAGACAUCCUACCAACGAUCGUCGUUGCAGAUCCGACUACUACUUCCUUAUACGCCCUACAUCUGAUAGUAUCAUGGAACCGAGCAUCGAACAUGGGAUAGCGUCAGAUCCAACACGACCAUCUAUAUCUUUCGUUUGCAACAUGCAACCGCUCUCCCUCCUCCCUCCCAGCACAAGCAACAGGAAAAAGCGUCGCCGCAUCGCCAACAACGACUUUUCCAAGUCAGAUGCAGAUCCCAUUACCUACAUUCGUGAUAAUUGCGAGAAUGCCACUAGAGCCCUAGCAAGUCAUCGCAAGCUACAUGGCUGCGAUUGCGACUUUGCAUAUCUGGACAACAGAAAGAGAGGGACGGGAAGUGUAUGGAGGAAAGGAGAAGCUGAUGAGGGAGAGGUUGUCUGUAGAGCAGAUUUUGGACCACAGAGGCCUUGUAAGAAGAGUUGCUUUACUGGAUGGUUCGUGAGGCAGCACAUGAAGUUUCAUGAUCAGUAUUGUGCGUGUGGGUGCUUUGGGGUUAAGCGUUGAGCACCUUACUAGCUGGCAAAUCAUCGUUUGUCUACGAGAGUGGACCAUGUUCACUACAACACAUUUUGAUUGUACAUGGUAAAUUCGUAGGCUAGAGUUUCUUCAUCG